AUGCUUCAUUUUGCGAAUGGCCGCCUUCGAAGCGGUCCGCCAGCCAGUUAUGUACGAUUAGCAAAGCACUAUGCGAGCUGUCGGCCGCAACAACGUAUCGAUGCGCGAUGGCAAUCUGCUGCUGCCUCCAAGCCCGGCUCUCCUGAUACAGGACACAGUUUAUCCAUGUCAUCGCAGGCGAGAUACAACGAGAUCGGCGUGCAGCAGCUGAGCUCCCACAUCUACAGCCAGAUCUUUCCCGAUGGCAACACACCGCCGCCAAAACACCUAAUCGAAAUGUCCAAAGACCAUCUGAGAAGGCAUGAACUUCUUGGGAAAAAUACCGACAACAGCGACCCGAUAGCCUUUGACCUGCCGAGUCUUCAGGGGCGCACUUUGGAUGAACACUUCCACAAACUAGGCCUCGACGCUGCCGAACCUUACCUGAGCUAUGCGAAAGACUUUUCUCGCUUCAACUCACCACCCAAGCCGCGGAAAUGGGUGCGACGGAGUGGCUGGACGAAAUACUACCCCGAUGGGAGGACGGAGGUCGUCAACGCGCCGGAUGAUGCUAUGCUGUGCUUUGAUACCGAAGUUCUGUGGAAAGAGAGUUCCUUUGCCGUCAUGGCAUGCGCAUCGAGUCCGAAUGCGUGGGAACUACGGGAACGCAUCGCAACGCAAACCGAUGAUGCGCAACUGGCUGAGCUUUUAAGCAACAGCGCCAUCCGCCAAGAAGAAGAGGAGCUCUGGGUUGAGCGAAGUUCCGUCAACUCGCUUAGGGAUGUCGCCAAGUUCCACCUUGAUGUAACGAUCGACAAAGCGAUCAGGGACGAUUUCAGCACCCUCGACCGGGCAGGCGUCUUAGCAAAGUUGGAUGAAUUGUUGGAUUACUGUGCGGCGGAUGUUGCAAUCACCCACCGAGUCUACCAGAUUGUCUUCCCGAAUUUCCUUGAAACUUGCCCUCACCCCGUCAGCUUCGCCGCUCUCCGACAUCUUUCGUCAGUCAUCCUACCUGUCAACGAGACUUGGAAUGCGUACAUAGCCAACGCCGAGGCAACGUAUCAUGAACUCAACGACGCGGUUCUCGAACGACUCGUGGCGUUGGCAGAAAAGGCUGUAGCGAUCAGGGAUCAGUCAGAGACGUGGAGUAACGACCCGUGGCUUAAUCAACUCGAUUGGUCUGGCCAGGAGAUCAAGAUGGUCAAGGGCAAGAAGAAGAACGAACCGCCACGACCCGCUGCACGACAGAAGAAGCCAGGAAUGCCCCGAUGGUAUAAGGAUCUCUUCGCCAAGAACGACGCUCCUAUCGGCUUAACUGUCAGAACGCGGAUCGCCCCCCUUCUCCUGAAGUUAGCCUGGGACGGACAUCCUCUUUGUUGGUCCGACACGUAUGGCUGGACCUUCCGUGUAUCGCGAACUGAGGCGAGCAAGUAUCUCAACAAGCAAAUGACCCAGUGCGACAUGGCAGAUGAGAAGGUUGAGGCUCUUCGACAAGAUACGGAGGGCGUGUACUUCAAGCUACCCCACAAGGAUGGGCCUACUGCGAGAUGUGCCAACCCCAUGGCCAAGUCUUACUUGUCGUACUUUGAAAACGGUACUCUGUCAUCAGAAUACUCCUACGCCAAGGAAGCCUUGGAAAUGAACGCUUCCUGUUCAUACUGGAUCAGCGCAAGAGAUCGCAUCAAGUCGCAGAUGGUGGUUUAUGAGGAAGAUGUGGCCACUGAGAAACUGGAAGGCGGGAUGGAGAACAAGAACACGCAAGGAUUCAUCUUGCCGCAGAUCAUCCCCAUGGGGACCAUCACAAGGAGAGCUGUCGAAAACACAUGGCUGACGGCAAGCAAUGCCAAAAGGAACCGUGUCGGGUCUGAGCUAAAGGCAAUGGUCAAAGCUCCACCAGGUUACAGCUUUGUUGGAGCGGAUGUGGAUUCCCAGGAGCUGUGGAUCGCGAGUCUUGUUGGUGAUGCGACUUUCAAGCUGCACGGCGGCAACGCCAUUGGUUUCAUGACUCUGGAAGGAACCAAAGCGGCAGGCACGGAUCUUCACUCUCGAACGGCUGGCAUUUUGGGCAUCACGCGAAACGAUGCAAAGGUCUUUAACUAUGGUCGAAUCUAUGGCGCUGGCCUGAAAUUCGCGGCGCAACUGCUUCGGCAAUUUGACCCAAACCUGUCGGAAAAGGAGACACUGGAGACUGCCUCGAAACUUUACGUCAAUACCAAAGGCACCAAGACGAACCGUAAAGUCCUGUACAAGAGGCCAUUCUGGCGUGGCGGAACGGAGUCCUUCGUCUUCAACAAGCUGGAAGAAUUCGCCGAACAGGAGCGCCCGCGAACCCCAGUACUGGGCGCUGGUAUUACCGAAGCUCUCAUGGGCCGGUUCAUCAACAAGGGUGGAUAUCUCACCUCUCGCAUUAAUUGGGCUAUCCAAUCAUCUGGUGUCGACUAUCUGCACUUGCUCAUCGUCACCAUUCCGCACGGAGAGAGCCUCGACAUCAAUGCCCUCCUUGAUAAGGGCGACGAGGCGCGUCUUGACCCCUCCAUCGUCCCAGACCCAGCGUUGGCACCAAAGCUCGACGACAUCAUCUACACACCGAGAGUACCCGUUAUGGAGACACUAGAAGACCCAGCGUCGAAAGAUCUCUCCUUCCUAAAGGCACAAAUCACCAGCGACGAAAACGAGCUCAGGGAAGUUCUCAAGGAGCAGCGCAAGACGCUGCCCGCCGCCACCAAGGCGCCGAAGAAGUCUGCCAGGGAUGUGCUGCCAUAUCGCUCUCAUCCAAUUUUGGUUCCUAGAGAAGAACCAUUGACUGUGGCUGACGCUCUGGGCAACAAGUUCACGAAGUACGAUGGCAAGGCGAAGUGGGAUUGGAAAAGCCAAAAAACGGGCUAUGGCAGAGGACCAAGCUCCAGGAUAUGA